UAAUCCAGACUGAUUCAUAGAAACUCCUUUAAAACACGGGGAAAAGAAACCGCCCAUCACACACCCCAGAGCACCAGCCCAGGAAACUUAUAACCUCGGGAGGCAGGUCCCUCCCCUCACUGUGGUCACAUACCUCCCGAAGAGCGGACCAGACCAGCAGCCAGCUCCACCACUCAGGGCAUCUGCCUCAGUCACUGGACACUCCAGAACUCUGUACUCAAGAGUCACCCAAAGGCCAAGAUGUUGGUGUUACUGGCUGGUAUCUUUGUGGUCCACAUAGCCACCGCCAUUAUGCUGAUUGUCUCCACCUCCUCUAACGUGUGGAUGGUGUUAGAUAACGUAGAAUCAUCCGUGGGGCUUUGGAAGAACUGCACUGCUGGUAACUGUGACGGCACUCUGUCGUACGGCCACGAAGAUGCUAUCAAGGCAGUGCAGGCCUUCAUGAUCCUCUCCAUCAUCUUCUCUGUAAUCUCCCUUGUGGUCUUCGUGUUCCAGCUCUUCACCAUGGACAAAGGAAACCGAUUCUUCCUCUCAGGGUCCACCAUGCUGGUGUGCUGGCUCUGCAUCCUGGUCGGGGUGUCCAUCUACACUCAUCACUACGCCCACGGCGAAAGGAACUUUGCCCAGAGCAGCCACCAAGGCUAUUGUUUCAUCCUCGCCUGGAUUUGCUUCUGCUUCAGCUUCAUCAUUGGCAUUCUCUAUAUGGUCCUGAGGAAGAAAUAAGCUGCACUAGCUUACAGGGAUCUAGAGGGGGG